AAUGUGCAUCUGGAUGGACCGGACAAAACUGUAGUGAAGAAAUAAAUGAAUGUGAUUCUGACCCAUGCAUGAAUGGAGCUCUCUGUCAUGAAUCUACCAUCCCCGGGCAAUUUGUAUGCCUGUGCCCACCCUUUUAUACUGGACAAUUUUGCCAUCAGCACUCUAACCCCUGUGAUCUACUCAAUGAGCCUUGCAAAAACAAUGCAACAUGCCUGACUUCAGCAGAUGGAAGUCAUCAUUGCCUUUGUAGAGAAGGAUUUGAAGGUGAACAGUGUGAAAUUGAUAAGAAUGAGUGUCUCUCUCUUCCCUGCCAGAAUUAUGGUGACUGUGAAGAUGAGAUCAACAAUUUCAGAUGUGUUUGCAGACCCGGGUUUUCUGGAUCUCUAUGUGAAAUACAAAUUAAUGAGUGCUCCUCUAAGCCUUGCAAAAAUAAUGGAACAUGUGUGGAUCUUGAAAACAGAUUUUUAUGUAACUGCGAACCUGGAUACUAUGGAUCUUUGUGUGAAUUGAAUGUAAAUGAAUGUAAAAUCCAACCUUGUCCAGGUGGAGAAAAUUGUGUCAACAGAACUGGUGGACAUACCUGUUUCUGUGCUCCUGGAUAUACAGGCAUUGAUUGUGAAGUAAAUAUAGAUGAAUGCCAAUCAGAGCCCUGUCUCCAUGAAGGAGCUUGUAUUGAUGGCAUCAAUCAUUAUAUCUGUGCCUGCAAGAGUGGGUUUUUUGGAAUGCACUGUGAAAGAAAUGCAAAUGAUUGCCUCUCAAAUCCUUGUCUACAUGGAAGGUGCAUAGAUCUCCUUAAUAAAUAUCAAUGUUCAUGCGAUGCUGAGUGGACUGGCACAAGAUGUGAGGUCAAGAUUAAUGACUGCACAUCAAUUCCUUGUAUGAAUGGAGGCUUCUGUCAGAAGUUGGUACAUGGAUUUAUUUGUAUUUGCCCACAUGGAUACACUGGUACACACUGUGAAAAAAUCAUCGAUAGUUGUCCUGAGCCUGAUCUGAAUUUGGUCCUCUGUCUGAAUGGAGGAAUUUGUGUUGAUGAACCUGGACCCACUUUUAAAUGCAGGUCAGCUUUUAUUAUUUUCAGAAUUAACUAAAUAUGUAUAUGUUUAAGAGUGUACCUUGAAACAUGGGUAUUAAGUUUACAAUAAGUUUUCAUCUUAAAUAUAUAAUCACAAGUUUUGAAAUCAAUGUUUACCAAAAGGCAUUAAUAUAUUUUCCAAAUUCUAUUUAUUCAUGUCAAUGCCAGGUUUCUUAUUUCCCAGUUUAAUCUCAUUUUAAAAA